CUCAACUCACGUGUUGAUUUUGAUGACUUUAGUGGAUCCUGUUUUAAUUUUUCUUUUCUUCUGAAGUUUUCCCUCAAUCCGUGCCGUCAGAAAUGAAGACAAACGUUAAGGGAAAGAAUGAAGGUGGUGAGAAGAAAGGAUUUGACAAGAAAAAGUGGCGAGAACGAAAAUUCAGCCACAAGUUCAAAGUGCAGCAAUUUGAGGAACGAAGGAAAAAGAAGGUUAUGAGAAACUACUACAAAGAGCUGAAACACAUUCAAGGCAAACCAUUAUUGGAUCCGGCAGCAAUAACGUCUGAUUCGGAUGAGGCAAAAAAUGUCAGCAGUGAGCAACAAAAUCAACAUUCGCAAAAAAUGCCUCCUAGUGGUAAAGUUUCAACAUCCCAAAGAGUGCGGCAAGAGUUUGAAAGGAUCCGCCAGCAGAAGGAAGAUAAGAAAAAGGAACUCGAGAUGAAAAAAGCCGAGAAGGAGCAGAAGUUGCUUGAAUACAAGGCAAAGAAGGCUGAGAGGUUUCGGAAACUUUCCAAGAAGACAAAAAAAGGUCAGCCUGUGAUGAAAGAUAGACUUGAAAUGCUCCUCGAAAAGAUACAAAAGCAGUGCAAAUAAAUUUAUGGUCAAAUAGAUCAGGAACAGACAUAAUAAAAAAAAUUUAAAUCUAUUAAUUUAUAAUUGUUACAAAAUCCUGUAAUAGAUUUAAAAAAAAUUACAUUACAAAAUAAUAUUUUAAUCAGAUAAAUGAAAAACUUUUCUAGCGUCAAGGUGUAAUUUGUUCAUGCUGGCUGUGCUUGAUUAAUGGUUGCGGUGCCAUAACUUAAUUGAAACUAAUUUUCACACCGCCCUAGGCCACACCUGUUCAAUUGCCAACGUUUAGUUGAAUAAUGUAAUGGUAAUGACGCAGUUAGCUCACAAAACUUGGGGCUCCGAGCAAUGGAGCAAGUUCAGCGCAGACUUAGCAAAUGAAACAACAGCGUCGGUGCAGAGAAAUU